UUUUAAUAUUAAGAUAUGGAAGAUGCUUCAAGACAAACUUCUCGUAGUACAAAACUACGAGCAAGUGAGUCACGCACAAACAAUAAUUUCGAUGAUUAUAAGAUAUCCAAAAUUAUUCAAACUGCUAGAAAAAGCGUAGAUGAAAAUCCUAACCAAAUAUCUCAAAGGGAAACUCUUAAAAACAAACGGAAUAAUUCGGUGGCAAUCUGAAAGGACCCAAGUGAAUUGCUUACUGGCAUCUCUGAACUCUUUGUGAAUACCGAUCUUGGAGUGAAUUUCACUAAGAAAGGAGCAGUUACCUGGAGAGUGUUGUCUAACUCAAUUUUGAACAAGUUCGCUCCAGGCCACACCGUCUUCAAACAACAGCUUGAAAUAAUGAAAUCAAAGGAACAAAAUUCACAAAAUAAGAAAUAAAGAUUUUGAUAUCCUCCUAAAAAGGACGAUCAAGAGGCAAUCUCAGAAGAAUUUAGAAACAGAGCAUCACCUAACCGGAUUUCAAAAGUUGAGAGAUAACAGGAUCAAGAAUUUGGAGAAGAAAUAUGCUGGCGAUCCUCGCAUGAAGGAACUAACUCGUGUAAAAGAUGACCUGUACAUGAGCAAUUUACAGUUAGACAUGAUGAUCAAUACUGUGAAGAUCGACAAUAAAGGAAAAAUAUUGAACAAGAAUGUCUUAAAGCCCAAAAACCUCAAUACUAAAAGGAGUAUGAAACAUUUUAAGUCUAUCGAGAGCAAAGUAAGCAAGGUUUUUCACAAAAAGAAACCUAACAAUCAAAGAAAACCAUUGGAAUCCAAGCUUCCUCGAAUGAAAGUUGGAUCGAAGACCCAUGAAAAUAUUGGAAAGAGACUCUCUAAAUCUCUAAACAAGUAUGGAGCUAAGCCCAAGAAAGUCCAUAAAGUAAAUGCGAACAAAAAUAAAAGAAAUAAUGAGAAUAACAAUAUGAUAACUACCAAGUCAAAUCUAGAUCUCAAGCAAGUAAGGGCCGGUGUUCAGACUCCAAAGGAAGGUUCUGAGCAGAGUACAACAAGAGAUGCAAACCUCAAAAUACAAACUUCUGUAGAUUAAAUCUCAGGGACUUACAGCAGUUAAAAUGAAGUAUAAUAUGUUGCUAUCUAAUUCUAUCAACAGCAGCCAUUAUUCGUUACACACAUUUCAAUUGCCU